AGAAACAAACACAACAAGAGAUGGCCAGGAUUUUUAAAAUAAUAGGAAGAAGAGGACAUCAGGAACAAACUGGUACUUGAAGAGGUAAAUCUCUAAAAAGGUCUGAGUGCUUUGAGCUCACACAACUACCUCAGGACACUGCAGAAAGCAGGAGGGAGAGGAAGAAAGACAGAGAGGGAGAGCGAGCAAGUGAGCAAGAGAGACGGCGCACUCUUUUGCUGCUACAACGGAUCCUUUCCACAUCGACGCUGCUGUUAACGUCACGCCUGUAAGCCGCGCUUGCCCGGCGCUUGCCUCCUCUGCCUUGCUUCUUUACCCAGUUAGACGCAGCCUUAGCAAGGGGGUGCUGAUCACCACAAGAGGAAGAGGAGAGAGAAAAAGACCUGGAAACAAGAAGAAAGAAGCCAGAGAGGGGGGAGAAACUGGGCACCAUCCCUUCUCCCUCUAACCCACCUCGAUCAACCCAGCUACGAUACCCCCACUCCUCCGAACACCCCCUUCCAUCCCCCACCCAACUCUCCUUUUGAAGAAAUUGACGGAUUAUUGGGAAGUGCACAGGAGGCAGGCAGCAGCUGCUGCUGCGUGUGCUCGCUACUGCUGCUGUGUGCUUUGCAGGGAUGGUGCGUGUCCGUUUGCAACUGCUGCUGCCGCAACCAUGGCUGUCGAGGCUGGAGCGUGUGGCUAGUUAAGAGGACUAAGAAGCUAAUGAAGGCAGAGCGUGUCAUCUAGCCUUUUCAACCCUGCCAACAGCUCCAGAGGAAAGAAAAGACUAUUCAAAUCAAGUGGACUUUAUCGAUAAAGGAACUAAGGAGGGGGGGAAAGCAUGCCUGAGAAGGAGAAGGGCUGUCAGGAGGACUGAACAACCGAUUGACUCCUAAAAAGUGAGAGGAGGACUGCACAGCUGGGAGAAUGUCUGUUUUGAAUUGUUUUCCUAAAGCUUGUUAACAUCUUUCCGAAUCACUGCGAACAAAAGGCAAAGAACAUUGCAGAGGACUGGAAUUUUCUGUCUCUAUCUUCAAUCUACAGCUACACCAUUCUGUGAUUUUUUAUUUUAUUUUUAUUUUUGCUGCCUCUGGUUUCUGUGCACAAAAGAUUUGUGCAUGUGUGUUCCUGCGGUCACCUAUACUAUGGAGACUUGGACGCAGGGUUUAACAGGAGUAUCAACUGUCGGAUUCCAAGGACAAGCGAGAGAAGAGGAGUCGACAACGAGAAGCAAGCCGGGGAGCACCGCUGCUUUAGGAGCCUGACUGGAUUCCUUUCUGUUGUCUUUUUACUUUUUUCUCUUUAUCAGUCCAUAAAGGAAACAAAAACCUUCACAAAAGGCCUUCGAACCUUACUCUUUGGAUGUACGGAUUUACAAAAAGGGCUCAUCUUGGUUAAGCUCUUUGGCAUUGACACCAAUUUUAUCAGAGCAAAAAAAAAAAAAGGUUUUCUUUGCUGCUCUUGGAUAUAAAUACAUCUGAUGUGAAAACCGCAGCUCUGUCUGAUUGCAAAAGGAGGGAAGCUAUUUAUCUCAGUUCAAGGACCUGUAAUAAUAACUUGAGGUAGGUGUCUAGUGUUUCAACCCCUCUCUGCAUCAAUUUCUUACACUAUCCGCCCCAGUCUUGUAACAGUAUUGUAGCUGCUUUAUUUGCAAUCAUGGUUUUCUCAUACACAUGAUUCAGAAAAACAUUGAUCUCCCAACCCUCCCUCAUCCUUUGGACUUUUGACCGUUCAUGGAAAUAUAAACACUACUUAAGUGAGGACAGGUCAAGUCUGCCAUAUUCCCUAUAUUCAGUUUCUUUAAUACAUUGAUCCCCUUAUCAGAAUCACAAGCCACCCACUUACUAUUCUCGUCACCAAACCCAACCAACACCUGCCCACCACACCCCCAUCCUGCCCCCCAGAUGAUGCUGAAUUAUGAAUGUGCCACAUCAUGAGUCUCCUGGGGCGGGUAGCUGCACAACGUGCCAGAAAAGCCGCCCUGCUCUGUGUAGUCUUCCUGAUGGCGCGAGCGUGGAGCAGCGCCUCCCUGGCCUUGGUGGGGGCGGCAGUCUCUUUAGGACCCCAAGGCUGUCCACCCCAGUGUUCCUGCAGUAAUCAGCAGGGGAAAGUGGUGUGCACCCGACGGGGUCUAACACGUGUGCCCCCUGGAAUUCCUGCCAACACGCGACACCUCAAUCUAAUGGAAAACGCCAUUGAAGCGGUGCAGGCUGACUCAUUUCGCCAUCUGCACCACCUUGAGGUGCUCCAGCUUGGGCGAAAUGCCAUAAGAAAGAUUGAGGUGGGCGCCUUCAAUGGAUUGACGAGCCUCAACACAUUAGAGCUGUUUGACAACCGAUUGACAGUUGUGCCCAGUGGGGCUUUUGAGUACUUGUCUAAACUAAGAGAACUGUGGCUGAGGAACAAUCCGAUCGAGAGCAUUCCAUCCUAUGCCUUCAAUCGGGUGCCCUCACUUAUGAGACUGGACCUGGGAGAGUUGAGGAAACUGGAGUACAUCUCAGAGGGAGCCUUUGAGGGCCUGCAAAACCUCAAGUACCUCAACCUGGGAAUGUGCAACAUAAAAGGUGAUAUGCCAAACUUGAGUCCCCUAAAGGGCCUGGAGGAGCUAGAAAUUUCUGAAAACCUGUUCCCAGUGAUAAAGCCAGGUUCCUUCAGAGGUCUACGCUCUCUAAAAAAGCUAUGGGUGAUGAACUCUCAAAUCACAGUCAUAGAACGAAAUGCUUUUGACGACCUAUCAUCGCUGGUGGAGCUCAAUCUUGCCCAUAACAACCUGAGCGCUGUGCCACAUGAUCUUUUCUCCCCGCUCAGGUACCUGGUGGAGCUUCACCUUCACCACAACCCUUGGAACUGUGGCUGUGAUGCAGUAUGGUUAGCACGCUGGCUAAGAGAGUACAUCCCUACAAAUUCAACUUGCUGUGGACGUUGUCACUCACCUGCCACCAUGAGAGGACGACAACUAGUUGAGGUGGACCGUGGUGAGGGUGCUGCUGUCCAGUGCUCUGCACCAUUCAUCGCGGAUGCACCACGGGAUUUAAACAUCUCAGCAGGGAGAGUUGCUGAGCUUCGUUGUCGCACAGCUCUAAUGUCUUCAGUGCGCUGGCUUCUACCUAAUGGGACUAUCCUGACACAUGCCUCUAGCCACCUUAGAAUAUCAAUCCUUAAUGAUGGCACGCUUAAUUUCUCUAACGUCCUGGCAUUAGACACAGGCACUUAUACCUGCAUGGUGUCCAAUGCAGCUGGGAACUCCAAUGCUUCAGCGUACCUCAAUGUCAGUGCAGCUGAGCUGAACACGUCUAACUUGAGUUACUUUACCACAGUGACUGUAGAAGUCUUUGGUCCAACCACUGAGAUGCCAAAACCUAAGACUACUACAACCCCAGCUGCUGCAGGUGCUGGGGUUGCUGGAGGAGGGGGAGUGGGCUUUGGGACGACAACUACAACUGCCUCCCCUUCUGUUUUUCAGCCAGUCUUCAUCUCAACGCCAACAGUGCUGCUACAAAACACUGACAGUCCAGACAAUGCAGCUAAAUCAUCCGUGUCACCGGGACUCAGAGGUGCCACUAGCAAACCAGGCAAGUCUGGUCCUAGUUUGGAUGAAGUGAUGAAGACGACUAAGAUCAUAAUUGGUUGCUUUGUUGCUGUGACACUACUGGCUGCAGUUAUGUUGAUUGCCUUUUACAAACUGAGAAAGCGCCACCAGCAGAGGAGCACAGUGGCAGCUGCCCGUACAGUUGAGAUUAUUCAGGUGGAUGAGGAGGACCUUCCACCACCAGCAUCUGCAGCUCAAGAGUCAUCGCUCACAUUGCCUGAAAUUCGGGACCAUAACAGCAUACACAAAUUGGACUUCAUCAGCCACAAGACUGACUACAGCUUUCAUCAGCCUAAGGUUGAAUACAAACCCCAGUCUAAUUUUACUCUACACAAGCCGAAGGCUGAAUAUACUACAUACAAGCCAAAUAUGGACUUCAGUGGCCACAAAUCCAUUGCAGAUUACAACACACACAAAACACCAGAUUUUAGCCUUCACAGACCAAAGCCUGACUGCAGCCCAUUUAGGCAAGACUACAGCAUCCACAAAUCUAAAUCAGAGUACAGUCCAUUUAAAUCAGAUUUUGGCACACACCCAAAGGUUAAAACAGAUUACAGCCCUUUCAAAUCAGAUUACAGCACUCAUCCUAGGCAAAGAACAGACUUUAGCCCAUUCAAACGAGACUACAGCACCCAACCGAAGCCCAAACAUGACUACAGUCCACUGAAAUCAGACUACAACACACAGCAUAAACCUAAAGCUGAAUACAGUCCAUUCAAGCCUGAGUUUGGGACUCAGCCAAGAUCUAAACCCGACUACAGCCCAUUCAAGCCCGACUACAGCACUCAGCCCAAAUCCAAAAUAGACUACAAUACCCAGAGAGUGAAAACAGAAGUUACCUACAAAACCAAGGACCAUUACACCCCUCAUAAGACUGCAACUGAUUACAGCGCCUUCAAGCCUGAAUUCAGUCCCCACAAAGUGGAUUACAGCGCCUUCAAGUCUGACUUUAGUCCACAUACUCAGAGACCUCAAGUUGAUUACAGUCCCCAUAAAAUGGACUACAGCCCCCAUAAGGUGGAGUACAGCACUCUAAAGCCCAAGUACAACACCUAUAAACCGAGUGGCCAAGGGGCUAAAUGGACAGACAACAAUGUUGGAAACUCUUUGCCUCGAACCCUGCCCAGCACCAUCACAGCUAUGGCUGAGCCCUAUGCCAUAAAAACUCAUACCAAGGAGAAAGUGCAGGAGACUCAAAUUUAAAGAGGCCCCAUUGCCCCAAGGCUCUUACAACUUCCCCCCCACGCCCUAGGUCCCUCCUAACCCUUUUACACUACACCCUUUUUCUUUUUAUUAAAUUCAUGCAACAGAAUGCACAAAAAAAGAACAGGAACUACUUUUUUUGUACAGCGUGCAAACUUUAAAAGACUGACAGUUUAUUGUUGUACAUGCUUAUAAAUAAAUAUAUAUAUGGACAAAACAAAACUACCAUGGGUUGGUGAUAGAGAAACAUAUAUUAAAAAGAAAUUGAAACUAUUUUCUAACUUGUAACUUCUAUUUAAAACAAUGAGUUGUUUAAGAUGCUGUCUUGACUUUGACAAAUGAGGGUGGUCUGUUUUAAAAUGGGGCAUUCUGUGUGAUUUUUACACCAUGCUACAGAGAAAGCAGUGAAAUGAAAGAAUAUUUAUACAGAGAAGACUUUCGUUAACAAAAGCCGAAAAAAGGUCGGUGUUGAUCUUUACAGGUUUAUCUUGUAAAAGCACCAAGAAUUUGUACUGUGCCAAAUGUUAUAAAUGCAAUAAAAAGGAUUUUUGGAAGAAAAAAGAAAA